UCACCUUUAAAAAAAUCCCUGCGUGCCAGGAGGAUCCUCGCCAGCUCACCGAGAGCCAUCGCGCCUGGGAUCACAGCUCGACUCGAGCCGGACCCAAUCACCCAACGGCUCGCACCAACCACUGUCUCCCCUUCCUCACGCCAACCGCCGCCGUCCUCGCCUCCACCGGAAUGGCGCGGUGAAGAGCCCGACCGGAGAGAGUAGGCACCGCCGCUGCUGCUCCUGGGUGGAGGCGGAGGCGGAGACGGAGACGGAAGCGGAGGCGGGGAUCCUCCAGCACGGCGAGAGUGGAGCGGAGCCAUGGCGAGCGACGUGCCCAUGAGCCCCGAGCUCGAGCAGGUGGACGGCGAGAUCCAGGACAUCUUCCGCGCCCUCCAAAAUGGGUUCCAGAAGAUGGACAAGAUCAAGGAUUCCAACAGGCAGUCCAAGCAAUUGGAAGAUCUCACUGGCAAAAUGAGGGAGUGCAAGCGCUUAAUCAAAGAAUUUGAUCGUAUACUCAAAGACGAGGAGAAAAAGAACACCCCUGAUGUCAACAAGCAGCUAAAUGACAAGAAGCAGUUCAUGAUCAAAGAGUUGAAUUCUUAUGUCACCCUGAGGAAAACGUACCAAAGUAGCCUCGGUAAUAAGAGGAUUGAAUUAUUCGAUACUGGUAAUGAUCAAGUAACUGAGGACGCAGUUCAAAUGGCAUCAGAAAUGUCAAAUCAAGAACUCAUUACUGCUGGAAGGAAACAAAUGGACCAAACCGACCAAGCUAUCGAGCGUUCAAAACAGGUUGUAGCACAAACUGUUGAAGUCGGAGCUCAGACUGCUGCAACUCUGACACAGCAAACAGAACAAAUGAAGAGAAUCGGCAAUGAGCUAGAUUCUGUUCACUUUUCGCUGAAGAAGGCUAGUCAAUUGGUGAAGGAGAUUGGUCGCCAGGUUGCAACUGACAAAUGCAUCAUGGCUUUCCUGUUUCUGAUUGUCUGUGGUGUGAUUGCAAUAAUUGUUGUUAAGAUUGUCAACCCGCAUAACAAGAAUAUCAGAGACAUCCCGGGGCUGGCACCUCCUGCUAUGAACAGGAAACUGCUGUCCAUCGAAGCCUUGGGAACAUUCUGAGCAUUGUUGCUUGGUUGCCCCGUGUGGUGCAGUUAUCUUUCGCGAUUCAGCUGUUGAUGGGCCACAACACGUAGUAACAAUUCUUUUGCGCCUGUAUAUUGUCUCCUGUCGCUGUUUCCAUUGAUCCAUUAAAGCUUUCCCUGGUUGUCAGUAGCUUCGGUUUUGCAGCGGCACUCAUGUUGUUGGAUGUUUGCAACCCCCCCCCCCCCUCCCCCCGGCUUUCUUGUUGCGUGUAUAUGCGAUAAUGAUGAGGAUGUGAGAUUUGUAUGAUUAGUUGCUGUGACUUGUGAGCAUUUGAA